AGAGCCCGGCGGUGGGAGGUCAAGUAUCCGGGGCCUCUGACUGGGAUGGAGCGUUGGCAGGGUGUCGAUUGGACGGUCAUUGUCCUGACAUGCCAGUACAAGCACAGUGUCUACGCCUUUCAGAAAGAGCUGGAAGUGCGACAGAAGCGGGAACAGGUGCCUCGGGGGACCAUCCUGCUCACAGUGGAGGAUCCUGAAGCCCAAGUGGGCAGUGGGGGAGCCACGCUAAAUGCCCUCCUGGUGGCUGCAGAGCACCUGAGUGCCCAGGCAGGCUACACAGUGGUCACUUCUGAUGUCCUGCACUCUGCCUGGAUCCUUAUCAUGCACAUGGGCCGAGACUUCCCCUUUGAUGACUGUGGCCGAGCUUUCACCUGCCUCCCUGUGGCGGACCCCACAGCUCAAGUAGAGUCUCUCACCUGUAACCUGGACGUGCUGCUACACAUCAUGACCCACAAGCUGGGCCGUGGCUCCCCACCAGGAGUGUGGGUCUGCAGCACAGACAUGAUUCUCUCUGUUCCGACAAGCCCAGAGAUCUGCUGGGAUGAUUUUCAAGGAGCCAGGGUGUUCUCUCUGCCUGGGAGCGUGACCUAUGCCCGGGACCACGGGGUCUACCUCAUUGAUUCCCAGGGCUUGGUCCGUAACAUUUUCUACCGGGGCUCAGAGGUCCAGAUACAGCAGUGUGUGAGACCCGACGGGAAAGUGCCACUGGUCUCUGGGAUCGUCUUCUUCUCCGUGGAAAUCGCUGAGCGACUCCUGGCCACUCACGUCUCACCGCCCCUGGACGCCUGCACCUACAUGGGCCUGGACUCUGGUGCCCGGCCUGUCCAGCUGUCCCUGUUCUUUGACAUUUUGUUGUGCAUGGCGCGGGAUGUGAACCGUGAGAGCUUUCUGGCUGGUUGUCCCCCUGAGAUGGGUCAGGGUGACACGGACCAAGCAUGGGGCCAACGGAAUGCGAGGGCUGUGCUGUGGAAGGAGCUCCGGGACCAGCCUCUUAGCCUUGCGUACAUCCCAGAUGGCACCUACGAAUAUAUGACCUCGUCGGCCAGCGCCCACCUCCGCAUCCUGACGCUCCCCCGCGACCUGUCUGCUCAGAUCGUGCACUCCCAGGUGGAGAAACCUCAGUUCUUAGAAGCCGGCUGCUCUGUGGUCAAUAGCCUGCUGGAGGGAGAGGUUCACCUGGGCCCUGGGAGUGUGAUCCAACAUUGCCAACUCCAGGGUCCCAUCCACGUUGGCCCUGGGUGCCUCCUGCUUGGACUGGACAGAGCUUCCUCCAGCGCCCUCCAUGGCUUGGCGCUGCACGACCUCAUCCUCCAAGGGCAUCAUAUCCUGCUGCGGGAUACCUCCAUCCGGGUGUUCACUCUCAUUGGGCGCCAAGACAACUGGCAGAGCCCAGCACUGGGGAAUGGCACGUAUCUUAAUGUGCCCUGGACCGAGUUCUUCCAGAGGACAGGCAUCCGAGAUGGCGACAUAUGGGAUGUGGAUGCCUCCCCAGCAGAGCGCUGCCUUCUCACUGCUCGGCUCUUCCCGGUCUUCUCCACCUCCUGGUCCCCAGGUCCCCGGGAUGUGCUGUGGCUGCUGGGCUCCAGAGGUGGAGACUCCCUCCAGGCCUGGAGAGCCGCCUGGCGCAUGUCCUGGAAGCAGAUUCAGCUCCACCUGGACCAGGCCACUACGCUGGCUUCUCGCCGGACCCUCUUCUUCCAACAGGCCCAGGGGAAAGUGCGGCGUGUGCUGGAGGGGCAUCAGGACCAGAGCCUGCUGCCGCUGAUUAGGGCUGCUACCCAUGAGGGGUGCCAGGGGCUGCUGCUGACUACUCUGGACCAAGUUGCUGCUCAGGCUGAAGAUCCUGGUGUGGCAGCCCGGGCCUUGGCCUGCAUAGCUGAUGUACUGGGCUGCAUGGCUGGGGGCCAUGGGGGUCUUCGAAGUGGACCAGCAGCCAACCAGGAGUGGGCCCUGGCCUUCCAGUACCUGGAGAGAGGGGACGUGGCUAGGGGCGUGGAAGAGCUUGCCCGUGAGAGAACCAAGUGGCUGGGCAGGCCGGCCCUGCUAGUGCGAGCUGCUCGGCAUUAUGAAGGAGCUGAGCAGAUCCUUAUCCGCCAGGCAGUGAUGUCUGCCUGUCGCUUUGUCACCACGGAGCCUGUUGAGCCCCUCCCUCUUGGGCACUGGGUGGUGGUGGAGUGCCCAGCCCGGGUGGACUUCUCCGGUGGCUGGAGUGAUACUCCACCCAUCACCUAUGAGCACGGAGGAGCCGUGGUGGACCUGGCCAUCCUGGUGGAUGGGCGGAGGCCAAUUGGGGCGAAGGCCCGUCGAAUCAUGGAGCCUGAGCUGCGGCUGUCAACGGGGACCCAUUCGGGGGAGGUGUUCACAGCGCUUGUGUGCCAGAGCCUGGAGGACCUGCAGGAUUAUUGUCAGCCGCAUGCACCAGGGGCUCUUCUGAAGGCUGCUUUCAUCUGUGCCCAGAUUGUGCAGCUUCCCUCCCCAAAGUCCCUGCAGACCCAGCUUCGCCAUGGCUUUGGGGGUGGCUUUGAGCUGCACACAUGGUCUGACCUGCCUCACGGCUCUGGCCUGGGCACAAGCAGCAUCUUGGCAGGGGCAGUGCUGGCAGCCUUACAUCGGGCAGCAGGUAGAACAGUGGGCACUCAAGCCUUGAUCCAUGCUGUGCUACAUUUGGAGCAGAUGCUUACCACAGGAGGUGGCUGGCAAGACCAGGUGGGUGGCCUUGUCCCAGGGAUAAAGAUAGGACGAUCGAGGCCUCAGCUGCCAUUGAAGGUCAAGGUGGAAGAGAUUUCAGUGCCUGCAGACUUCAUACAGAUCCUCAAUGAGCACCUACUCCUCGUGUACACAGGCAAGACCCGCUUGGCACGGAACUUGCUCCAGGAUGUACUGAGGAAUUGGUAUGCCCGGCUGCCUGCUGUAGUGGACAAUGCCCAGGCUUUGAUAAGAAAUGCUGAGGAAUGUGCUCAGGCCUUCAGCCAAGGGAGCCUGCCCCUUCUGGGCCAGUGUCUGACUCAGUACUGGGGACAGAAGAAAUGCAUGGCUCCUGGCUGUGAACCUCUGGCUGUGCGGCGCAUGAUGGAUGCCCUGAAGCCCUACGUGUAUGGCCAGAGCCUGGCAGGGGCUGGCGGUGGUGGCUUCCUCUACCUGUUAACUAAAGAGCCCCAGCAGAAAGAGGUCCUCGAGAGAGUGCUGGCCAAGACAGAGGGCUUGGAGAAAUACAGCAUCCACUUAGUGGAGGUGGACACUCAGGGCUUCAGUCUGCAGUUGCUGGCCAGUGACACUUCUGCCUGACAGAUCCUAGACUCCCAGGCCGUUCCAGCCAGGCUCAGUUGUAACGCCAGGAAGGGAAGGGCCUGAACUUUGGGCCCAGUGAGCCCUGGCUUUUUUGCUUUCCUCCUAGGAAGAGGCAAACACCAUUCUACGUUCUUUGUGGGUACCAGAGCAAGAAAUCACUGGGACCUGAGAUGGCAAUCAUGCCCAUUCUUUGAGGAAGGGCCUCCUGGACUCAGUAGAGCUGGCAAGGUGUUUGGGAUUUUCCAGUCCCAGCAGAUUAUCAGCAUAGUCUUGGUCUCAGCCAAACCAAGACUGACGGGCCUCACUCAUCCCAUCCUCCUGUUAUGGUGGCCUAGGGCUCAGAGCCCAAGGGCGUACCUUGCUGGCCAGUGAGCACCAGCUGGUUUCCAACCCCACUGUGCUACUGAUAUGAGGAGGGGGAGCUAACGUUAAGGGGGAUCCCCCCUCAAUGAGAAAAGGCCAUCCCUCCCCUAGGUUAUGCUGCUAAUUCUAUCACAAUUCAUUUCUACAAACUGGGUAAACACACUCAUGAGGACCCAGAACUUGGGGUUUUGUUGGACGUCAGCACCACCAGGCCCACUGUCCUUCGGUGCUUCUCUGGCACAAAAGGAUCAAGUGUUUAAAGAAAGCUUGCUGCUCUUCUAGCCUAGCGUUCUCAUUUUGCAGAUGAAACUGAGGUCUCCAGGUCACAUGGGACCACUGCCUGCAGACAGCAGUCUGGCCUGGCCACCCCCUCCUUACCCAGAAAUCCAACCAAUCGUCCCCUCCUGCACCUGAUUUCCCACACCAAGUGGCCCUGUGAAUCUCAGUCUUUUCUUCUCCCUCUUCUCCAAUGCCCCCCUCCCCAAAAGGCUAGCUCUGUCUUAGGGACUCUAGGAUAUAAUUCUAAUUUCCUACAUACCUUGGCCCAAUUGUAGAAAGCAUACUGGGGAGUUUAUUUCCCGUCCCCACAGGGUAAACCAAAGGAAACUAGGCUUCCCUCUCACCAAGCUUCACAGAACUACUAAUGUAAUAGCAACUCCGCCAGCAGGUGAAGGAUGGGCAUUUUGGGGAUUGGGAGGCUGGGGCGUCUAUGAGGCUGACUCACUUCAUGCCAGCCACAAUGAGAGUGGUGAGAUGCUGUCUUUACCCACACCCAAUUCUCUAGCCUGGGGCCUGGAGCUGGAGAGUAUACCGUACAAAGUCAUUGCAAAUUCAGCUUUUAACAAAUGAAUGUUAAGUCAUAUGUUCUACAGGGGACACAGGGGACACCCGCACAAGCUGCUGCCAGAACCAGGCCUUUCAGUGGCAAUAAACCAGUCAUUCUUUA